AUGGCGGAGGCGCCAAUGGCGUGCCAGAGUGGCAGUGAGCAGGCGCAACUAUUCCCUCAUGCCUGCACUCAAGAUGGCCAUAUAAUGCUGUGAUGUCUGCACUGACCCGACAAAGCCUACCUAAUUGCCUCGCAGAGACCAACUGCAACCAAGCCAGCAAGCGAUUGGGCUGACCUGGAGAACUCCUAGGCCGAAAUCUGUUUGACCCCUGCAGGGUAUCAGCUGAAUGGAGUUCUGGGCCUAAGACUUUCUUUUUGGCAUAGUGCCUCAGCAUGCCACCUUAUAUUCCCAACAGUUGAGACUUAUGCCUUUUUGUAGCUCUUAGCCUAAAUCCUAAGGGCUUUCUGCAAUAUCCCUUACUCUUUGCUUAUCUCAAAUCUUUACUUUACAAUACUUUCCUUAAUGUGAGGCAUUAUUAGCCUAUUUGUGGGAACUCAUGAGGAUACUAAUCUUUGCUAAGAUACAGUCUACUGUAUAUCCUCUUAAAUUCAAAAAUUGUGCUGUCUUUUCAUAUGCAACAGUAUUGAUUUUUUUUUAUAUGUAUGCCUACGCUUGUCCUUGCUGUUGUGGCAUUACAAGCUUGUUUGUAUCUCUAAGCACAGAAAAAUAAAGAAUAAAAAUAAAAAACAGUUGGAAGAAGAUUAGGAAUAUAUUAGGUUUGAAUAAUAAAAUGUUGUUACUGAAAAUGUAAAUCUAAGAAAGUGGUAACUGGUUGGAAUAAAAAAAAUAUAUACCUGACAAAAUGAAUAUUAACAAGAAUAAACAUUUCACUAAUUUAGUGAAAGAAUGAAUUUUUUCAGUUAUAUAUAUAUAUAUAUAUAUAUAUAUAUAUAUAUACUGUAUAUAGUAAAUAUUAAUAGUAUAAAGAAUAACCCCCCAAUAAGUAAACUAGAUGACCUCUUUAAUAAUGAUCAAAUCUAAAAAAAAAAUUCAAAAGUAAGAUAUUUUGAGAGUCAAUAAAGAUAAUAUUGUACUCCGAGCUAAAAAUAUAUGGGAGAAAGAGAUGGGUGCUACUUGUGAAAGAUCAGAAUUGAUUAAUUAUCAUUCUGCAUACUACAUCUUGUCUAGAGAAUUCUAGAGAAUUUGUGUCAUUUGGACCAACAUAUAUCCUAAAACAGGAUUAUACUGCCCGUGCACAAAACAGCAGAUCUCUUAGUUAGCUCUAGCAAAUAUGAGUGUGUUCACUAUAAGAAUUUAAACAUAUCACUUAUGUUAAGACCUGCAGUGGUUAUGGUACUGCAGUCUUCUAUUCCUUUCCCAACAGCUGAGCAUAAGUGAUUAUAGCUGCAGCAGGGAGUAGAGGAAUAGUGUAGAUGAAUGCAGUUUCCAAGACGAUUCUCCCCAGCAAAUAGAAUAUCCCCCAAACAUGAGCCUAGACUUCAUGAAGGGUGUAACAGGAAUGACUUUUAUUGAAAACACACAGGCUUUUAUGAGAAAUCCUCCUGCAAGAGGACCUCCCACAGUGAACAAAGACAACAGCCAAUCAACAUACAGAUUUACAGUAAUACACGCCCUCUCUCUGCGUGGGACAUAUUGAGAUAAGUUAAGGAAUAAACCCCACAAUUUCCCCAAAACUUAGAACACCCCUUUCCCCACAAGGUAUCCCCACAAAUUACAUAUCCCCUGAUAGCCCCGAUCUGGGAGACCAACAUAUCCAAAUUUCACCCAGAUCGGUUCAGGGGUUCUUAAAAAGUAUGGAAGUCAUAUUUUACCGACCACACAUGAGGCUCCUGCCCAAAACAGUUCCACGAAUUCAGCGUGUGCGGUUGGUCAAUUCAGAAAAAGGUAAAAAAUGAACAAAGUGCCGAAUGGAUCCUCCUGGCUCAUAGGAGCGAUUGCUCCCCUUGUCCAUUCGCACAAAACUACCGAAUGGCGCUCUCCUGGUGGUUCGGCAACUAAAGGAAGCAGGCAUUCGGUAGUUUCAGCGGUGGUUCGUGCGGUCAAGUGUCCGAUUUUAGUUUCAGACACUUGACAACCAAGUCCCGCUGCCUCCUUUCGUGCGAACAAGAUGGCCGCCGUUUUCUGUUCCACAUGGCAUUCGGCUAUACGAACAGCGGCCGCCCAGAGAGAGCGCUUAAUAGACGGAUCCUUUGAAGUUAAUGAGCCAGGCGGGUGGUCGGUGUUCGGUAGUUUCAAACUACCAAACCAAUAGAGUCAAUAUGCAGCAAAUAAUGUACAAAAAGCCGAACAUAGGAGAAAAUACCGAACCAAAGUCUAUUUUCUUCACAACUUAUAUAUCACAUACUGUGUUGCACUAUGAAGAUGGGGUUAUACCGAUGGUGUGCAAAACAGCAGUACUCUUAGUUAGCUCUAGCAAAUGUGAGUGUGUUCUCUAUAAGAAUUAAAACAUACCACUUGCAUAUCACAUACUGUUUUGCACUGUUAUUGUGUCUUUUGUUUUUUACUUUGAGGUCAACUCUGUUGGCAUAAUCCCAUGUACGUAUAAAAGUGUACACUAAGAUUAGGUAUGGUAUAUUCUUUUUAUUUUUAUUAUGGAAAUGAGUAUUUGGUAAUUGAGUUUCACUUCUGAAAUGCAUGUAAUCUUAAUUAGAUUCGGUUAUUUUUCAUCUAUUAAUUCAGUGGAGGUAAGAUUAUCUGUUCAUAUAUAAAGCUUGAUUAUCUAAAUUUUAAAUAGUGAAUUAAAAUAUCACUAGAAAUGUUUUUAAAUAUUUUCCAACUUAGUUAUAAUGAGGUCUUAAUAACCCUGUUGUCACAAGUCACAUGUGCCCUCUAAUACUUUUACGCCUUAUCUCUUGGAAUCCAUAAGGAGAAUUCAAAAUGUUACCUUACAUUCCGAAGGGUUUAGACAUAGCAAAAGGUUCCUCACAAAAACUCUUUUGGCAGACAUUCCAAAGAGUAAUCUCAUUAGCCUAAUAGGGCAAUGAGGAUCAUUAUCGCUACUGGUAUGGUCAACAAUGUAACUUUUUAAAAGGAAGAAAAAGAAAAAACUACCUUUCCUCUUCAUAAUUAUCUUUACUUCUGUCUGGACUAAGCAUUAAGAAGCAUCUGGACCUCAACAUGAAUUCCACCUGUCAUAAACAUCUUAUUAACUCUAGGUUACUUGAGAAAAUUUCUAUUCAUGGAAGACGCACAUUAUAAUUUCAAAGAACAUGCGUAUUAAGGUUGGAGAGGCUUCAUAAGUAUCCUGGAGACGCUUGGUGGCUAAAUUCUAACUAUGUCAUUGUUGUCAUCAUAUCUUUUGUCCUCCAUUCAUUCCAAUGAACUCUGCAAAUACUCCUUUUUUAAGUGGACUUCGUCUGUAAUAAGGAUAUGUGUGGUUGGUCAGGUCUCAAAAUAGACUUGACACCUUUGUUGAUAAGACAGAGAAUUCAUAUAUAUUGACAACUUUGUUGAUAAGAUAGAGAACUCAUAUAUAUAUUUCUAUGAGGUAUAUUUGAUUUUCUGUCUCCAGAAGAGCUUAGUGAGGGGAUAAAGAAGACCGUUUUGCUGCUGACUCCAAGGAAGAUCUCAACAAUGGAGAGCCUAAGCAAUAAGGUGAGCGAUGGCGAGGGCUUGUAAAUGUAAUAGACACUAGUAAUAUAAACAAGAUAAAUAAUAGAUUUCUUUAUAAACACCUUUUUUCACUAUAAAAUUAUCACAAAAUGCUCGUAAAAAAUGUGAAAUAUUGUUUGGGUUAGAGAAUGUUUUAAUUAAAAUAAUUUCUUAAUUAUUGCCUGAUUCUUAUGUUUGUUUUGUUUUAUUUUAUUUUUUUUCCAAAUUGAUUUUUUUUUUAUAUCUUUUAGCAGUUUUGAUAAAAUUUAUUCAGAUGUAUUUUACUUAAUACAUUAAAGUCUAUCUUUUUCCGUAUCUAGACAGUAAUAUAUUUAUAUUACAAUUCCAGACAGGCUAUUAACCUCAACAGAAUAGAGUCAAAGUACUUAAGCAAUAUGUUGGCUUUUAUACAUUAUACUAGCUAACCUGUCUUCCAGGAAAAGUCUUUUCCAUGUCAAAAAUCUUUCUGCGUAAAGACAAAACACACACCACAUCAUCACAAUACAAGCACGCAUACAUAUUUUGUAGACAUUUUUUAUGAAAAUACUUUACAAAUAAAAGAAUGAAAUAUUACAGCAAAUGAUACAUUUUUUGUGCACACACUAAAAAAUAUAGGUACUCAAUUAUAAAAAACGUGUAAUUUAUGACUUAAAAUCAAAUGUAUGAUCUAGGAGUAUGUUAUAAUAAUAAUAAAUAAAAUUAUUAUUUAUAGAGGGCAAACAUAUUCCACGAUGCUUUACAAAAGAUAAUUCAAAUUUUAUAAAGUAAAAUUAUGCUAAAUAAAGUUGAGCAUAGAACAGGAGGUGGAUGACUAGGACUUGGAUUAAGGAAAAUCACAAUCUGGAAGUACUGGGGUAAAGUUAGACAAUAAAAAAGUGAAAGGUAUUGAGCAAUAACAGCAGCUUGCAAAAUGAACGACUUGUUGUUAAGUGAACAGAUUUUUAAAAGCUCUAAGCACCAAAACAACUUUAGCUUAAUAAAGCAGUUUUGGUAUAUAGAUCAUGCCCCUGCAGUCUUAUUGCUCAAUUCUAAACCAUUAAGGAGUUAAAUCACUUUUGUGAUGCCAUUUUUUCAUGCCCCUGCGAGAAAUUUUUAAUUUUUAAUUUUCGACCAGAUCUACUUACACUGUGUUUACUUUAGAGGUUUUUUCAAGCUCCUGCUCCUGAUUGAACUUUAAUCAUACAUGGGAGGCUCUUGCAGAAUAUUAACAGAGCAGGAGAUAAGACGUUCUAAAUUAAACAAACUGUGCAAUAAAGGAAGUUUAAACAUUAGAUCUCUUUUUACAGGAAUUGUGUAGGGAAACUGUGUAGAUCACAUGCAAGUGAGUUGAGAGUGCAUAAACAAAGUUAUUUAACUCAUAAAUGACAGAGAAAUGAGAAGUGAGAUUGCAGGGUCAUUAUCUAUACUAGCGUUUCCCAACUGGUGUUUCGUGGAACCCUAGGGUUCCAUGAGAACAAAAUUGGGGUUCUGCCACGAUUUGCCCAUCAGGAGGCCCAAGCACUUAGGGCCCUCUGAUAGAUAUUGCUGAACAUGGGCCCGGUCAGGCGCAGGGCCAUUUAAGAGUGUGACCGGGUCCCUGUGGUAUUGGAUUUUGGGAGAAAGUGACAGCCUGUCACUUCUUCUCAGACAUAGAGCGAGCUAAGAGAGGCAGCAGUGAGGUGUGAGUAGCAGCAUACCAGCCUCAGCCAGUAGCAUACCAGCAGCACUCCAAGCAAGUCACCCUCCUGCAGAAAAAAGGUAACCUAAUAGAAGGGUGACUGCAACUAUAAACAUUAUGACCUGUGUGUGUGUGUGUGUGUGUGUGUGUGUGUGUAUCUGUGUGUCAAGGUGUGCAUGUGUCAUUGUGUGUAUCUGAGUUUGUGUGUCAGUGUGUGUAUCUGUGUGUAUUUGGCAGUGUGUGCAUCUGGCAGUGUGUAUGUGCCAGUGUGUGUAUCUGUGUGUCGGUGUAUCUGUCAGUGUGUUUAUCUGAGUGGGUAUGUGCCAGUGUGUUUAUCUGUCAGUGAGUGUGUGUGUAUCUGAGUGUGUGUGUAUGUACCAAUGCAUGUAACUUUGUGCCAAUGUGUGUGUGUGUGUGUGCCAGUGUGUAUCUGUGUUUCAGUGUAUUUGUCAGUGUGUGUAUCUAAGUGUGUACCAAUGCAUGUAAAUUUGUGCCAGUGUGUGUGUGCAUGUGCCAGUGUGUUUAUCUGUGUGUGUAUCUGAGUGUUUGUAUCUGUGUGUAUAUGUGCCAGUGUGUAUCUGUGUGUCAAUGUAUCUGAAUGUGUGGAUGUGCCAGUGUGUUUGUAAAUGUGUGUGUGUAUCAGUGUAUGUGUCUGUGUGUCUCUGUGAAUCUGCCAGUGUGUAUCUGUGUGUGUACCUGUGUGUCAAUGUAUGUGCCAGUGUGUGUAUCUGUGUGUCAAUGUGUGUAUCUGAGCGUGUGUCUGUGUUUUUAUCUGUGUGCCAGGAUGUGUAUCUGUCAGUGUGUGUAUGUGAGUGUGUGUAUGUGCAAGUGUGUGUAUAUGUGUCCAUGUGUAUAUGACUGUGUGUGUCAGUGUGUUUCUAUGUGUGUUUGUUUGUUAGUGUGUAUGUUUAUCUGCUCAAGUGUGUAUGUGCCUGACAUCCCAGCAAUCAAACACCAACACAACAUUUAGAUACACCCUUGCAAACACAAACAUGACAUACAAAGAAACCCCUGAGCUCCAACUCUAAAAUUAUACAUAAACACUCAAACACACCCUUCACUCAAACACCAAUACUCCACACAAAUGUACAUAUACAUUACAUUUAAAUACAUACAUUUAAAAUCUAACAGUACAUCCAAACACACCACUUCACAUAAAUGCAAGCAUAACAUACAAACAAAUCCCUGUAUUAAAAUGCUAAAAUCAUAUACAAACACUAACUCUACACACAGAAGCACAUCUGUCCCUAAGUACUACAAUGUGUUUACUAUCUGUAAAAAUUGGCCAAAAAAGAAAAAAUUACGCUCUGUUAAUUAAAAUGUUUGUGCUAACUUUUUUGGGAGAUUCCACGAUGUUGGUACACUAUGUCAAAGGGUUCCACAUGAAAAAUUAAUUGGGAACCCCUGAUCUCUUCACCAAAACCACUCAAUCAAGCUAAAGUUGUUAUGGUUGUUAUAGUGUCCCUUUAAAUUCUGACAAGUUUACCAAUUCGUUUUUUAUUCUCCUGAAUUUUUUUUUAUUUUUUUUUUAAAUCAAGAAGGAAUACAUUUAAUACUAAAUAGUGGAUAUGGUACUGUUUGAUCAGAGAAUAGAAACAAACUGCAUUAAUUUAAUGGCUACAACUACAUUUUAUAGUUUGCUAAUGAAUGAUAUAUUCACAAUAAAAUACCUGAUUAUGACCAUCUUUUAAGAUUUAUGUUAUGAUACUUUUAUACGCCAAUACUCUAUAUUUCUAAAUUCACUGUUCUCUGGUGAUUUAAACUGUCAAAAGACUGAGCAGACUAGGAGAAUCGCCGAUAGUCAUGUCCUUAACAUUUACAGUUCUAGAACAACAUUAAAGGAUUACUCCAAGCACCAUGACCACUUCAGUGAUUUAAAAUUUGCACAGUGACUAGAGUCUGUAAUGUCCUAUCAGACUCAACCCCCCCCCCCUACCCCGACUCCAGCAAUGAAAAGCAACUUUAGAGUAGGCAGAUCAGUGUAUGGGAAAAACACAGUAAGGAUUACUCUAACCAAUAACAGUGUUUUAUGAAAACACUGUUUUUUGGUUAAAGUAUCCCUUCAAUGUUUUGUCUAAUACAUCAUCUAGAGCAGUGAUAGUCAAACUGGUCCCUACCGCCCACUAGUGGGUGUUUCAAACUUUCAUGGUGGGUGGUGGUGGGCAGGGCCGCCACCAGAAAUUUUGGGGCCCCUAACUCAGCUCAGGGUCUGGGCCCCGCCUCCAAAUACCACCCACAAGAUCUGCCUCCAAAUACCGCCCACAGGAAUACACACACAGACACAAACACACACACUGAUACAAAAGGACACAGAUACAUACUAACAGACACACAUACUGAAACAGACAUACACGUAUACAGGCAUACAUACUGACACACACAUACUGAGACAUGCACACAUAUACAGACACACAUGCAUACAUAGUGACAGACAGACACAUACUAACAUACAUACAGACACACAUGCAUGAGGACAUAAAGACACAUACAUACAUACACACUGACAUACAUACAUUCAUACAUACAGAUAUACUGACAGACAUACAGACCCUGACAUCCAUACACACAUACAUUCAUAAUGGCAUACAGACAUACAUUCAUAAUGGCAUACAGAGAUACAUACAUAUAUACAUUCAGACUGACAUACAUGCAUAUAUACAGACAUACUGACAGACAUACAUGCAUACAGACAUCGACACACACACAUACACACAGACAUACGUUCAUAAUGAUAUGCAGACAUACAUUCAUACUGACAUACAGACAUACAUAUAUAAUGACAUACAGACAUACAAAUAUACAUACAUAUACAUACAUACAGACAGACAUACAUGCAUACAGACAUACAUACAUACAUACAUACAUAGACAUACAUGCAUGCAUACAUACAGACAUACAUACAUACAGACAUACAUAUAUACAGACAUACAUACAUAGACAUACAUGCAUGCAUACAGACAUACAUACAUACAGACAGACAUGCACACAGACAUACAUACAGACAGACAGACAUACAUACAUACACAGACAUACAUACAGACAGAUUCGGUUCUCUAGCACAACCACAUGCUCCGAGCAGACGCACCUCAUCUUCCAGCCAUUGAAAAAGACCUCACAAAAAAGCCCAUCACGUUUUGCGUGGAUGCCUCUGUAUGCUAAAUCUCUCUUGAUGGUGAUGAUGUAACACACAGGAAAAUAUGAGAUGCUGAUGCACUUGAUGGGGAAUGAAAAAAAAAACAAAAAUCUAGUUUUCAUAUUUAACUUUGUUUUUCUUCAAUCUAAGCAGGUCCUGCUAAAUCAUAUAUGUCUAAAUAUGAAUUAAGUAGAAAUGGAAACUACUUAAAUUUAAGUUAAUCUUUUUUUAAAUCCCUCCUUUCUAAAAUAUCUUUUGGGCAGUAAGGAAAUUUUACCAUAAAAAAAGAUACAUAAGAGGGCAGUAGGUAUUAAAGUUGACUACGCCUGAUCUAGAGUCUUGUAUGGUUUUAAAAACUUAGCAAAUUUAAAGGAUAUGGCCGUUUUCAUUUCCAAAUAUCCAAAUUGAUAUCUAAUCUAAACUAUUUACAAAGAUAUUCUGAGACUUAAUCUGGGCGGGUUUACAUAUCUCUACACAGAUACAGGUAAGUUGUCAUACUGUUAGUAAAUGGUUUGACUACUUACAUUGGGGGUGUUCAGUGGCACUCCUGACACCAUAACCACUACAGCGCACUAGAGGAACUUUUGAACAUGCGGAGGAUGCUCAGCAAUGAUAAUGCUUGAAACCAAUGCUUUCGUAUAACUACAGUUCAAAGUGAGUGAGACAGAAAUCCUUAAGGCUGUCUGCCUGACAGCUGGGAGGUGUUACAAAAGUGUUUAUGUGUUGUAGGGCACUGAAGUACCCUAAAAAGAUUUUUUUUCGACAUUCAGUCACUUUACACUUAAUAAAACAAAUUAAAAUUAUCUGCCCAACUGGUCUUUAAAAUUAACUAUGUAGCUCCUCCCACAUGCUGUCAAUAUGAUAACUCUGUGACCUGUCUUCCUGGUUACAAAGAUCAAUUUUAUCCAAACUAUGCAUAUCAUGGACUGAGCUCUCAACAUGCACAACUUGGACUUUUGUACCAAGAAAAGAACAGAGCCUCAGAUUCUGUAUGCCUAUCUUUAGAUACAGCCCAGUAAUUGCUACAGCAGAAUGGCUGCUAUUCAUUUAUAGUAUGGAUCAAUUUUUCCACAUUUCUUAUUAUAUUAAAACAUUUUUGUCUGAAAAUGCAUAUAUCUAUUACAGUACUGAUGUUCAAACAACCUCAACUUCUACAUGUUCAUAGAUAUUUUCAAGUAUAUUUCUAAUGAGAUUACAAUAUUGUGAAGUUUAGAAACUUACAAACAGAAAUAAAAUCACAUACAUUAAAUCAUUAACAAAAAAAAAUCACAAAAACCUUUUUUAAAGGAAACAUAACGUGCAUAUUUAGUGUAUAUGUGUAGAAAAAGAGGCUUCUAGAUAUAAAUAGAACAUUAAAGGGACAUUCUAAGUACCAUAGCUACUACUGCCCACUGUAGUUGUUAUGGUGCCUAUAGUGCCAUCUUGCCGCCCCUGAGUUCCCACAGAGCCUGCCCCCGAGUCCACCCACAGGGCCCAUCCAAGGACGAAGUGUGUGUGUACUGAAUGUGAUGUGUGUAUAGUGGAUGUAGAAUGUGUAAAGUGGAUGCCGUGUGUAUAGUGGAUGCAGAUUGUGUGUUUGUGUAUUGGAUGUAGUGUUUGUGUGUAUUAGAUGCAGUGUGUAUAGUGACUGCAGAGUGUGUAUAGUGAAUGCAGAGUAUGUUUGUAUAAUAGAUGUAGUGUGUAUAGUGAAAGCAGAAUGUGUGCUUGUGUAAGGAUGUAGUGUGUGUAGUGAAUGCAGAAUGUGUGUUUGUAUAAUAGAUGUAGUGUGUAUAGUGAAUGCUGAAUGUGUGUUUGUGUAAGGAUGUAGUGUGUGUAGUGAAUGCAGAAUGUGUGUUUGUGUAAGGAUGUAGUGUGUGUAUAGUGACUGCAGAGUGUGUGCUUGUGUAAGAAUGUAGUGUGGGUUUGUGCAAGGAUGUAGUGUGUGUGCGUGUGUAUAGUGACUGCACUGUGUGUUUGUGUAAGGAUGUAGUGUUUGUAAAUGUUGUGUUAAAUGCUGUGGGGCUGAAUACUGGGGGUAGGGGGUGGGAGAGCAUAUAUAUAUUUUUGUUUUUUCAUUUUUUGUAAUAUAUUGUAUUUCAUUCCCCUCUCCCUGCAUCUCACAUGUGGCCAGAGGAAGGGAGGGGGGAGAUCACAUUUUCUGGUGGUCAGUGGCAUGGUGUGCUGGGCCUCCCUGCAGUAACAGGUAGCCGCGGGGCCACAGUGGACAUAUAUACUGCGAUAAUCUCUCUAUAUAUGUGCAAUUAGGGAAUGUGGGGCCCCCAGGACCGCCGUGCCUAUGACAUCCAUCAUGGUUCUUAUGCCCUGAUGGCUGCCCUGCCCUAGUGUCCUCCCAGACUAAAUGGUCAAUCUGCAAAUGAAACAAUAUUCCUGGGGUUUGCAAGGUGCUGGUCACGUUUUCCUCUGGAACCUUGAAGGAGCCCUACAGACAGAAAGGGCUGCAGAAUUUGUUGGUGCUAUAUAAAUAAUAGCAUAAUAAUAACAAUAAAAGCCUAAGAUCAUCAACUGAGCACUCUUAGCUAAGUUCUAAAUGUUACAGACUGCAGACGAGGAGGUUCCUGGCAUCUGGUGCUCAGGUAAAUUGUGAAACCAUUUGCAGAUGAUUUAACAGCUGUAGUGGUCAUGCUGCCUGGUUUGUUCCUUUAAGAAUAUCUAGUAGACAUUAUAUCAGAACUAUGGACAAGUUUCCCAUAAAUUAAAAAAAAGAAGAUAUAAAUGUAACAAAUUGGCAAUUGAAGAAAAAAAUAUAGAAUAAUUGUCAAUGGUAUGGGUAAACUAUGCUUACAGGGAAAUUAAUUGAGCAGCUUAUAGUAACCCAGACCACCUCAGCUCAAUGGAGUGGUCUGGGUGCAAUGUCCCUCAGGUUUUAACCCUUCAGAUGCAAACAUAGCAGUUUCAGAGAAACUGCUAUGUUUACAUCUGGGGUUAAGCCAGCCUUUAGUGGCUGUCUUCUGGACAGCCACUAGAGGCGCAUCUGCCACGCUGGAGGCAUAUUAUAUCUCCAUCGCGUACAGAGUCCAUAGGAAAGCAUUGAGAAAUGCUUUCCUAUGGACACUUUGAAUGCGCGCGCGGCACUUGCUGCGCAUGCACAUUCGGAUCCACUGACGUCGGCAGAGGGAGCUGACGUCGGCGGGGGAGGAGAGGUCACCAACGCCAAGGGAGCCCGGCGCUGGAUUAAGGUAAGCUGCUGAAGAGGUUUUAACCCCUUCAGCGCCACGGGAGGGGGCACCCUCAGGGCACUAUAGUGUCAUGAAAAUCGCUUUGUUUUCCUGACACUAUAGUGAUCCUUUAACCCCUUAACGAUGAGUGACUGACAAGGUCCGUCACUCAGAGGAUUGCCAUAACGACGAGUGACGGACCUUGUCCAUCACCCGUUAAAAUUAAUCCCGGAUCGCCGCUGUUGCGGCGAUCGCAGGGUUAAUGGUGCUCCGAUCUGCCUCUGUAUUAGAGGCAGACCGGGAGUACCCGAUAGUGCUGCCCAGCACAUGUGCUUGCUCUGACAGGCUGGGGAAAUGGGGAAUUAACUGUUAGUGCUGCUUACUGCUAGUUAGGGGUUAACGGUAAAAAAAAAAGCUUAGAAAAAUGUUAAAUCUGUAAAAAAAGUUUUAAGAAAGUUUAGGAAAGUUUAAAAAAAUUAGUAAGCAAAACAAAAGUUUCAAAACUAGUUUUUAAAAGUAAAAAAAGUUUCAAAAAGUAAAAAAAUACAUUCAAAAACGCUCAUUACCACUACACCUGGAACAGACUAGAGGAAAAAUGAUCCCAUGCUAAGGUUCAAAAUAUGCCUUUUGAAUUACCCCAGGGUGUAUUCUUUAAUAAAUAGUAUGUGUUUGUGGGAAAGUUUCAAUAACCAACCAUCUAAACUACUCCAAAUUGGAACAUGGACACAGCGUAAAACUUCAAAGUUAGAAAAAACUGAAUGGCUGCGUCUCAAAUGCGCCCCUUCAACAUCCACAUAUACCUGGCAAAGGUACAUACGGUGGUACUGCUGUACUCAGAAGACAUAGCUGAGCAACAUAUGAGGUAUUAUACAGUCGUAGCACACAUAAAGUUUGCAAAAUAUACUGUGCAAACUCACUUUGUGUGUCAAAAAGGCAGAAAAAACACUUAUUACCACUACACUUGGUACAAGCUAGGGGAAAAAAUGAUCCCACGCUAAAGCAGGGGCGUAUUAGCCGCGAGGCAAACAAGGCAUUUGCCUUGGGCGGCUUUUUUGCCGCCCCCUGAAAAAUGCCCCCAAAUGCCCAGGGCAAAUGCCUUGUUAGCCUCGCGGCUAACAGACAUGCCGAGCUGCCGAGCUAGCGCCCGGCGAGGGAGCUCUUCCCCUGAGCUCUGCUCAGCUCCCUCGCACGCCGCGGAGUGAGGCUGAGAGCCGGAAUAUGACGUCAUAUUCCGGCUCCGGCCUCACUCUGCUGGCGGCGCGCGAGGGAGCUGAGCAGAGCGCUCAGGGGAAGAGCUCCCUCGCCGGGCGCCCGCCCUGCAGCCACUGGACCCCAGGACCCCAGGGACAGGAAGAACCCCCCCAGCAAAAGUAAUGAAGCUCGGGGGGUUAAAUAAGAAAAAAAAAAAAAAAAACAACAUGUUAGUGUGUGUGGAUGUUGUGUGUGUGUCUGUUGUGUGUGUAUGUUAGUGUUAGUGUGUGUGUGUUAGUCUGUUAGUGUGUGAGUGUGUCUGUUAGUGUGUGUGUGUGUGUCUGUUAGUGUGUGUAUGUUAGUGUUAGUGUGUGUGUCUGUUAGUGUGUGUGUGUCUGUUAGUGUGUGUGUGUCUGUUAGUGUGUGUGUGUGUCUGUUAGUGUGUGUGUGUCUGUUAGUGUGUGUGUGUUUGCCUGUUAGUGUGUGUCUGUUAGUGAGUGUGUGUUUGCCUGUUAGUGUGUGUGUGUGUGUGUGUGUUUGCCUAUGAGUGUGUGUGUGUGUGUGUGUUUGCCAGUGAGUGUGUGUGUGUGUGUCUGUUAGUGAGUGUGUGUGUGUGUGUCUGUUAGUGUGUGUGUGUCUGUUAGUGUGUGUCUGUUAGUGAGUGUGUGUUUGCCUGUUGGUGUGUGUGUGUUUGCCUGUGAGUGUGUGUGUGUGUGUGUUUGCCAGUGAGUGUGUGUGUGUUUGCCAGUGAGUGUGUGUGUGUGUCUGUUAGUGAGUGAUUGUGUGUCUGUUAGUGAGUGUGUGUUUCUGUUAGCUAGUGAAUGCGUGUCUGUCAGUGAAUGUGUGUGUGUGUAUUUAGAAGGCGGAGCAGGGGGGAAGGGUUGGGUGGCGGUUGCGUGGGUGGGGAUAGCGCGGGGGGGUGACUGAGUUUUGUCCUGCCUAGGGCAGCACAAAACCAGGAUACACCACUGCGCUAAGGUUCAAAAUAUACCUUUUGAAAUACCCUGAGAUGUCUUCUUUAAGAAUUGUUAUGGCUUUAAGGGGUAUUUGGAUUUAAACCCUGCUAAGAUGCUUGGAAAUUGCACAUAGACACAGCGUCAAAAUUCAAAGUUCAGUAAAAACUGAAAUGGCUUGGUCUCCUAUAUGGCACUGUAGCUUCACGAAAUAGUGCCAAAGACAUUCAUUGGGGGUGUCUUUUUACUCAGAAGACUUAGCCGAGCAUAAUUUGCGGGGUUUGAACUUAGUGGCACAUGUGAAAUAUACAAAAUGCCCAGUAAAAAUGCAGUCCAUGUGUAACAAACGCACAAAAUUAUUUUUACCACAUAUUUUAGCAUAUAUUGGUGAAAAAAUGGGGGCAUGUUAAGGCACAAUAUGCACCUUAUGAGAUACCCUGGAGUGUCUACUUUUACAAAUGGUAGGCCUUUAUGGGUUUUUUUUGAACAGUUAAACUGGUAUAUUACCACAAAUGGAAACGUAGGCUCAUUAAAUCCGUCUCUCAAAAUUCUACUGUGAAUACUGAAAAGGACAGGUCUCCUAUAUGGCACUGUAGAUUCACAAAAUAGUGCCAAAUACAUACAAUGGGGGUGUCAUUUUACUCAGAAGACUUAGCUGAGCAUAAUUUGUGGGGUUUGAACUUAAUGGCACAUGUGAAAUAUACAAAAUGCCCAGCAAAAAUGCAGUCCAUGUGUAAAAAACGCACAAAAUUAGUUUUUACCACAUACUUUGGCAUAUAUUGGUGAAAAAAUGGGGCAUGUUAAGGCACAAUAUGCACCUUAUCAGAUACCCUGGAGUGUCUAUUUUUACAAAUGGUAGGCCUUUGUGGGCUUUUUUGAACAGUUAAACUGUUAUAAUACCCCUAAUGGAAGCAUAGGCUCAUUAAAUCCGUCUCUCAAAAUUCUACUGUGAAUACUGAAAAGAACAGGCCUCCUAUAUGGCACUGUAACUUCACGAAAUAGUGCCAAAGACAUACAAUGGGGGUGUCAUUUUACUCAGCAGAUGUAACUGAACACAAAAUAAAACUUUGUACAGGAAUAGCACACACCAACUUUACAAAAUACACAUGAGAAUUUCUUUGUUAUAAGUUUGUGUGCCAAAAAACAAAAAAAACACAAUUUUACUCCAAUAUUUAGCAGAGGUUGGCGGUGAAAUGGCUACGUAGAAAGUGUCAAAACAACCUUAGGUAAAUAGCCCGUGAUGUCUACUUUAUAUAAAUAUAUACUUUUGUGUGGCAAUUUUGUUUUCUUUUAUGGCUAUUAAGCUUACAAGACAAACAUACCAAAUUCUAAAAUCGCUCCACAUUAAAAGUUUAUUUUACUCCUUGUGCUUUGUGACCUAUAACUACCAAAAAAAACUUAAAAUCCCAGACACAUUAUAUAUUCUGUAAAUCAGAACAACUAAAUGAAUUUAUUUUUAAUUACUUUCCUUAACCUGCACUAAUUAUGCACACAUUAUUAUUGCAAAAACUGUAAAGAAACCCAAAAAUUUUCAUUUUUUUGCAUUUUUCUGUAAUAUUUUAUAAUAAAUAAGCAUUUAUAUAUAUGUGUGUCUUACAUCAAAUUAAAGCCCUUUCUGUCCUUUAAAAAACGAUAUAUAAUAUGAGUCGGUGCAAUAAAUUAGUAAAAUGCAAAUUGCAGUUGAACGCAAACUGCAAAAAAAUGAAAAAAAUGCUGUUGUCAUUAAGUGAAAGACAAGCUUCUGAAGCUCUGUCCUUAAGGGGUUAAGAUAAUGUGUUUCUAUGUUUAGUAGGAAAGCAAACUGCAAUGUGCAACACUACAUGGACAUGUGGCGACAUCUAGUGGACAAAAAUAGAAUACACCAUAUUUAUGAAUAAUUUGCAGGGUUAUUCACAAAGUCCUUAUGGUCCUGUAUUUGCAGGGCAACACUAUCCAGCUCUGUACGGGGCCGUUUGAAAUGCAAAAUCCGAACAUUGUUCAGACUACUUAACGGCUUGAUUUUGCAUUGCAGGCUCAGAACAAGCCUGAAUUUGCGCAGAGAUGCUGGAUUGCUUGCAAAAUAAGGAUGUAAAUAGGAUAAUGAAGGGUAAUGGCGAUUAAAUAAAAAAGACAGUAUCCCUUAUCCACUAGCCAUAGGCAGCAGGCAGGGGCUAAUAUUAAAACAGAUAAUGGGGUUUGGCAUUUGUCCACCCCCCCCCCAAGACCUCAGCCAACCUAACAAUUAAAAAAAAAAACCCUGGCUACCCCAUCCUAAUAAUGAAUGAGGGUAAUAAAUCUAACAACCAGUGAAAAAUAAAUAAAAAUAAAAUAAAUUAAAUUUAUUUUAAUCACCAAAAAGUUGAUUGAAUUGAAAUCUAAGAAGUCCAACAUUUACACAAAUAUUCACAUCGUGCCUAUUUUAACCUGGAUUUUGUGAUUUUAUCUUCAAAUCGCUUAACAUAACUGUGUAACUGGAAAAAUUCUCAAAGCUUGGAUACUUUGUCCUUAAAUCUGUGAUUGAAUGUAAAGGCAUAUUAGUGUAUAAUGUAUGGGUUUGUAAAUGGUGGGUGUAUUUCUGUGUAAGGUUAGGAUGCAAAAAUGUGUUUGUAUGUGUAUAUAUGCAGGAGACAAUUUGAAUGCAGUGUCAAAAUAUUUAUGUAUAUAGAAGUCCAAUGUGUGUGUAAUUGUGUGCAGUAUGUGUGUUUGAAUGCAUUUUUUUUUGGUAUAUGUAUAAAUGUGUAUAUGUGAACACAGGAGUAUUUUGGAGUGUCAUUGUAUUUAGGAAUGUAUCCAUAGGUAUGUGAAUACAAAUAUAUAUUUUUCUUGCACCAAUAUGUGUGAAUGCAGUCUAUCUGAAUGUGAAAACAGGGGUGUGUAAGUGUGGUGUGUGUGUGAAUGCAGGGGUAUGUUUGUAUAGCAUGUUAUUGUGUGUGAAUACAAUAGUGUGUUGUGUGUGUCUUAAUGCAGUGGAGUGUUUGUAAGGUAAAACAGUAUGUGUGAAUUCAGGGGAAUAUUGUCAAGAGCUGCUCUGAGCUUCGUAAUCACUACAAAGUGUUUUCCUUAAAGUAUGCCUUUAAUGGACAUCACUGAAUGAGUUUUCUCUUCUCUGUCACUUCAAGUCACCCCAUUACAACAAUUCCCCUAACUACUUGUCUCUCUUUAUCAGCCCUCAUGUGCCGUGCUGUAUUUACCGCGAGCCUGACAAGGCAUUUGCCUUGGGCGGGACUUUUAGGCUGGCAUGCGCUGAUAUAGGUGGGCUGGCGAGGGAGCACUCUCCCCUGAGCUCUCCCCUGUUCAGCUCCCUUGCGUGCACCGCAGUGAUGCCAGAGCCGGAAUAUGACGUCACUCCGGCUUCACUAAGAGGCAUGGGAGGGAGCUGAACAGGGAGAUCAGAGCUCCAUCGCCACCUCCACUAUGAGUCUGCCUUCCCACCCGACCAGCCUGCCUGCCCUGCCUGACCAUCCGCAUGCCUGCCUGCCCAGCCAGCAGCAGCCCCACUGGACCCCAGUGAAGAAUCCACUUCAGCACUCCCAAAGGUGGAUUAAACUUAAAAAAAAAAAAAAAUUGUGAGUGUGUUAGUGUGUGUCUGUUAGUGAGUGUGUUAAUGUGUCUGUUAGUGAGUGUGUUAGUGUACCUGUUAGUUAGUGUGUUAGUGUGUGUCUGUUAGUGAGUGUUAGUAUGUGUCUGUUAGUGAGUGUUAUUGUUUGUGUCUGUUAGUGAGUGUGUUAGUGUGUGUGUCUGUCACUGAGAGCGUAUAUGUGUUUGUCAGUGAGUGUGUAUGUGUGUUUGUCAGUGUGUGUGUGUGUAUCUGUCACUGAGAGUGUGUCUGUCAGUGUGUGUAUGCAUGUUUCAGCGUGUGUAUCCAUGUCUGUCAGUGAGUGUAUGCAUGUAUGUCAGUGUGUGUAUGCGUGUCUGUCAGUGUGUGUAAGCGUGUCUGUCACUGAGAGUAUGUGUCUGUCAGUGAAUGUAUAUGUCUGUUAGUGUGUCUGUCAGCUAGUGUAUGUGUGUCUGUCAGUCAAUAUGUGUGUCUGACACUGGGUGUAUAUAUGUGUAUCUGUCAGUGAGUAUAUGUGUGUCCCAGUGUGUGUGUCUGACACUGAGUGAGUGUGCAUCUGUCAGUGAGUGUGUAUGUGUGUAUUGUCACUGAGUGUGUAUCUGUCUGUCGAUGAAUGCUUGUCUGUCAGUGAAUGUGAGUGUGUGUGUAACUGUGAAUGAGUGAGUGUGUAUGUCUGUGAAUGUGUAUGUUUUAGUGAAAGUGUGUGUUGAUUAAACAGUGUGUGUGACAAUGACUGUGUAUCUGUAAGUGAGUGUAUGUCAGUGCAUGCAUCAGUGAGGGCGUGUGUCUGUCAGUAAGAGAAAUUAGGAAGGGGGCGAGGGGUGCCCGAGUUUUGUUAUGUCUAGGGCAGCACAAAACCAGAAUACACCACUGCUCACGUGUCUCUCUUUCUUUAGUAACCCUCACUUGUCUCAGUCACUUUUUGCCAGCUGAUACUUGUUUCUCUCUCUUUUUGCCAGCCCCUAUCUAUCACUCUCUCUCUCUUUUUACUAGAACCUACGUGUGUCAUGCCCAGUCUCUAUUACUCUGCUAAACUCCAUUCCUCUCCUGUCUUCCUCCCCAUUUCUAAGUAUAUCCCAUGUCCCACUUUCAUUGUCUUUAUGCUGAGCUGUGCAUGGCUGGCUGAGAUGCUGGUGUCUGUCCUUCCUCACAGCACACAUUUCAGAUAUUCGUUGGAAGAUCUACUUACAGGAAGCACCUUACAGGAAGUAGUUUGCGGCCAAGGGAAUGGUUAAUGCCACAUUCCUUGGCCAGCAGGAUAAGAAGCUGUUUAAACACAGCCUACAAAUAGUGCUCAGCUACUAUUGUGAACUAGUUAGGGAGAUCUACUGAACUCCCCAACUGUCCCAAUUCUGUUCAGUUGCUGUCGGCAUCCUUGCGGCCCCGGGCUUUUGGCUCAUGACCGAAGUGCUAUGCAUCUAUGUGAACCCCAUUAGGGAACCAUAGCAAGUCUCGAGAGAUGAGACAGAGAUGAGACCUACUUAUGACAGCACUUUUCCAAUGUUUUGAAGUGUGGAAAAUUCUUUAUAAUAGCUUUUCCUGAUGAUGGAUAGUUAGAUGACCAAUAGUGGAGGUGCAGUAAAAACAAAAUCUAUAUUUAUAUAUUAUAUAUUUAAAUAAAAGAUAGUUAAGUAUGUUAAAUAAAUUUAAAUUUGUGACCCCAAAUAAACAUGUAGAAAACUAUGUUUGUAGCACCCAGAUCUUCCCCCACUCGCAGUUAUUGACCAAAAAAAAAAAAAAGACAUUUCAAAAGAAGGUUCAUUAUACAAAUAACAGGACAGAUUUCAUAUUACACAUGAUUACACAUCAAGCAUACCUGUGGAAACAAUAAGAGAAGCCAUUUAUGACAUUGUUUUCCAAUUCAUUAUAUCAAAAUGACAUGCAAAUAUUUCCUUCAAGCCAAAUCCAAUAAAUAUAAUCAUGUUAUGAAUUAAACUCUCACUAUUGUUGUAUUUUUUAUGUAUACAUUUUUAAAAGGCCUGAAAAAAGUUAAUGUGCGGGAGACAGUAUAAAGCAGGGGUGCCCAAAAGGUAGAUCCCCAGAUGUUGUAGAACUACAAUUCCUAUGAUGUUUUGCAUGUCUUUAGAAUGAUAAAGCAUCAUAGAAGGUGUUGUUUUAAUAUAUCUGGGGAUCUACCUUUUGGGCACGCCUGGUAUAAAGUCAAUGAGGUCUUAAUAUUCCAUCGAUGUAGCUACUUUUGUUAAGUGCAGCAUUCUAUUUAUUUUGGAGAUGUCCCAUGGUUACAUAUAUACAUUUAGAUGUUACAUGUGUAACUGAAGCUUAAAAUUGAAUUGAACCACUAAGAGCAUUGACCAAGAUGAUCGACUCAAUGAAUUGUGGGUACCUCUACCGCUAAAUCUUUUGCAAAUUAUUUUACAGGUGCAGAAAACAUGCUGUUUGUUGGUUCUGGUCAUUCUCUUUUCGCUAGCUUUGACAUCGCACAGCACACCUGACUGCUGCCUCCAGAAGACUUGCUCAUGCCGAAUUUAUGAUCUUCUCCAUGGCUCAGGCAACCAUGCUGCAGGUAUUUUAACCCUUGGCAAGAGGAAGAGCAACUCCCUAAAUAUGCAGACACGUCUGCAGAGGCUGCUUCAAGGCUCAGGAAAUCAAGCCGCUGGUAUUCUCACCAUGGGCAAGAGGUCUCAAGAAAACAAAGAGAAUCCCUAUAUGUUUGGUCAAAUGACCAGUAAUGUGGUCUUCAACACUCCAUCACCUCUUACUCUGUGUCCUGCAUUGAUGGAACCAGCUAACAUCAGCAAAGACAAAGGGGCUAUUUUUCCCCAAGACCCUAAUAUGUAG